AUGCCAAUCACCAAGUUGCUGGAAGAAUUUACUGAUGUCUUUCCAGAAACGCUUCCGGAUGGACUUCCACCUUCGCGUCCUGUUGACUUCGAACUGAAAAUGAAACCUGAUGCUGUCCCAAGCAAUCGUGGUCCGUUUCGCCUGUCCAAGGUGGAACAGGAUGCACUCGACCUGUUUGUCGCGGAAAAGUUGAAGAAAGGCUGGAUCGAAGUCUCUGAUCCUCCGUGGGUACGCUCUGGAAACACAACAUUACCAAUCCGUUGGGUCAUUGACUAUCGCUACGUGAACUCGCAGUCAAUUGUUCCGAAUAUUCCACUGCCUCGCAUCGAAGAAAUUUCUAAUCGAAUGAGUGGUUGUGUCAUCUUCUCUGUACUUGAUCUAGCUCAAGGAUAUCACCAGAUGCGUAUCGCAUUCCAGAGUCGCAAGUAUACCGCCUUCCGAACGCACUCUGAAACUUAUUAG